AUGACGAUAACUGCGAACUUCACCGGUCUUGAGAAGCAGACCACACUGAGUAAUCCUGUAGAGCGAUACUGUUCCCCAGAAUUAGCUGAAGGUAUACAACAUCCGCUCGUAUGUCUUAUUGUGCUGAACAUUUUCCUGUCCAUCUGUGCGUUUCUUGGGAAUUCGAUCAUCCUAGUUGCGCUUCACAAGAAAUUAUCCCUUCACACGCCGUCUAAACUUCUUCUCCGUUGUCUGUCAGCAUCUGACCUCUGCGUUGGGCUCAUUGCGGAACCAGCCAUUGUUGUGUAUUGGACUUCGCUGGUUUUUGAGGGGAACACGACCUGUCGAUACUCAGCUCUCAUCAGCCACAUCACAAGCUAUAUAUUGGGCUCAGUGUCUCUGCUAACACUGACUGCAAUAAGCAUCGAUAGGCUCUUAGCAUUGAUAUUGGGGCUCAGAUACAAACAGAUUGUAACUUUAAAGCGAACAUGCAUGACAGUGAUCGCUGUGUGGCUUCUUUCCAGUGUCGGCACCACACUCUUUUUUGUGAAUUAUUUCAUAACACUAUGGUAUGGUAACAUUAUAAUAUUAUCGUGCCUGGUAACUUCUAUUUGCGCUUAUUCCAUGAUUUUUCGUUUUCUUUGUUGUCAUGCAUAUAAAGGCCAAAACAGUGUCUACCCAGGACAACCGAACCAAAACCUCCCGCUACUUAACCUUGCAAAGUACAAAAGGUCGGUCAAAAACGCACUGUGGGUGCAGUUAACUUUAGCGGUCUGUUAUCUUCCAUAUGCUGUAGAACAAGCUUUGCCGAAAAGUCCAAAUGAAAAAUCUCAGUCUCUAUAUUUUGUAAGGGCAAUGACGCUGACUUUAGUUGAUCUAAAUUCGUCACUGAAUCCAAUUCUUUACUACUGGAGGAUCGGACAAGUAAGACGAGCGGUGAAGGAAACUCUUCGAAGAUUGGCCUGUUCUAGGUAACUAACAGAGGUUCACGGCGCUAACCCCAACACACCGUUAAAGGCGACAAUUUUUCUCUUUUAAGUUACUAACUAUUAGGAGUUUGAAUUUGAAAGUUAGUGCUAGCGUCAAUGCUGGAAGAAAAUACGGAGAUGAUGCAGUUUGAAGAAAAAAUAAGUAAAGAAAAUAAAAAUGACCCGUGAGAAUUAGGGUGGGUAAUAAUAGCCUUUUAUAAGAAAAAUAUGUUAUGUCCGUGUAUUUGUGAUCAAUAAAGGAGGAAAGGCUUUUGAGUAAAUUUCCAGAGUGCAAGCGGAUGAUUUUUUUGAGGCCUGAGUUUUUUGAAUUAGUAAUUGCUUGUUUAUACAUUUUUAGAUAUCUUUAUUUGCCCAUGGAAGUAAUUUCAUCGAUGUCACGAACAUUUAAGUAA